AUGUUGACGACACGAUUUGAGCGGCACUCUUUAAUAGCUGGAAAUUCACCUCGACCAGACUCUGGGCAUUGGUCCGCUGGACAUUCUGAUGAUGGGUGCUCGGAUCUUGAUGAAGAUUUAUGUUUGGAAAGGCAAUGUCGUCAACUGAAGGCUUUAAAUGAGAAUUUGAACCGUCUACUUUUCGAUCGCAAUCAGGAAAUCGAGAAGCUAGAGAAACGUCUAUCGGAAACGACGCCGUCAUUCGUGAGUUCUCCGAGUUUUUCAUUGGGGAAUUCAGAAAGCAGUGAUUGGUGUGGUUUGUGGGAUACCUCGGUCAGCGAAGAACAUUCUGAAUGCAACUCUUUGCGUCCACCGUCCGAUUUCUCAGUGAUGUUUGAAAUUAUGCUUUUUGCUGCUCCCUCGAUUAUUACCAUGUGGUUGGUUUCUAAUAACUAA